GUACGCGCGCCACGCACACGCACAGAGCUACGAGGAGGCUGCGAAUUAGCAUUCUCGUUUUUCGUUGAACGCCCUAUUUGAAUCCAGAAUGGACCUCCUCGAGCUGAAAUUUGUUUCGAAGUUCUCCGAGAUUUCCCUGUGUGCUGACGACGAGCUAAUCCGGGACAUACGAACGCCGUGGGGGAAGUUCACGGUCGCUGUCCAGGGCGAUCCUAGGAAACCGCCUCUACUGACGCUCCAUGAUGUGGGUUUGAACCACGUAACGAACUUCAAGCCGUUCUUCAAUGUGCCAGAGGCUGCUCUCUUAGUGGAAUCUUUCUGCGUCUUCCACGUUAACGUGCCGGGACAAGAGACGUGCUGUUCCACGGUCACCGCGUGCCCCGACGUUUCGAACUUGUGUUCCGGCAUCGAAUUCAUCUUGAGAGAAUGCGGUAUCCGUUCCUUCAUCGGUAUGGGAUACGGGGCUGGGGCUUUCGUUUUGAGCAUGUUCGCUCUGCGAAACCCGGACCUCGUGAGCGGCUUGAUUGUUUUGAACGCCACCGCCGAGGUAGCAUCAUGGACCGAAUAUGGUUAUUUCUCGAUGACCGCGGCAGGCAUCAGAUCGGCCGGGCUCAGUCAGAGUGCGUUGGAUUACCUCCGUUGGUACCACUGCGGAUGUUUGAACGGACAGAGCGAGAAGAGUGAUCUCAUCCGGACUUUCGAUCAACGACUGCUCUCCCAGAAUCCGCAAAACCUAGCCAAUUGGAUGAGCUCCUACAUGAAACGAAAACCUCUCGAGCUCGAGAGAGACGCGAUGAGAGUCAUGGAAGUGCAAAACAAUUUCCGAUGCCCUGUUCUUAUGAUUGUCGGAAGAGAGUCGCCCCACGUGGAACACACUCGAAGGAUGUUCGCGACAUGCGAUCCACGACUCGCGACUCUACUGGAGAUCCGCAACUGCAGAGUCCCCCUCGACGAAAAACCGAUGAAGGUACUGGAAGCCAUGUUGUAUUUUCUACAGGGUCUUGGGUACCCCCUGACGAAGAUCCGAAUGUUGUUCUCCAAGGGAAUACAGAACCGUUCUAGCAUAGAUUCAGCUCGUGGGUCGGAAAGUUGA